GUAAAUCCAACCGAGGAAGCACCAAUUGGCGCGUCGGGCUCCACUGCCGCCUUUCCCCAGUGACGGACUGCGCCUUUCUCACUUCCUCACCAUCUGACCUUCUCUUCUCCUCUUCUCCUCUUUCAUCACUUCUUGUUUUUUUCUCCCUUUCUUCUCUCUUCGCUUUGCCCUCUCGUCUUAUUUCCUGACUCGUGAUCUGCUUGGGCCCUGCGUAUCAGCCUUUCUUAUUCUGCUCCUGCGACUCGUCCAUAAAUCCUCGCCUUUCCUCUGCAAUUCGGCCAUGUCCUACUAUCCUCCAUAUUCGGGCCCGCCCGGGUAUCCCCCGCAGCAGCAACAGCAGCAGUAUAAUUACCCCCCUCAGAGCUACGGCAGCCCGCCACCACAGUAUCAGCAACAAAUGAAUCCUCACCAUCAUCAUCACCAAGCGUCUUAUGGCGGCGGCGGCGGGGGAUACCCUGGUCAGGCCUACCGCCAACAACAACCACCUCCCAGCAAUCCUUACCCCUACGGUCAGCCGCCGCCCCAACAGUAUUCGGGAUCGCAACCGCCUCAGGGCGGCUAUAAUGGUGGUUAUAGUGCUCCCCAAUAUGGUGGUCAGCAGGGAUACUCCAACCCUUACAACCAAGGCAGUCAGGGCAACGGACCUCCUCCUCCGCCAAGUGAACCGGUGUCUUUCGGUCAGGGCGCGCCGCAAGGCUACAGCUUCCAGUAUUCUCGUUGCACGGGCAAGAGAAAGGCUUUAUUGAUUGGAAUCAACUAUUUCAACCAGAAAGGUCAACUCCGAGGAUGUAUCAACGAUGUCAAGAAUAUGUCAACAUACCUGAAUCAGAACUUUGGCUAUGCUCGUGAGGACAUGGUUCUGUUGACGGAUGACCAGCAAAACCCUAUGAGCCAACCCACCAAAGCCAACAUCCUCCGGGCUAUGCACUGGCUGGUGAAGGAUGCGCAGCCUAACGACUCUCUGUUCUUUCACUACUCUGGCCACGGCGGUCAGACCCCUGAUCUGGACGGCGACGAGGACGAUGGAUACGAUGAGGUGAUUUACCCGGUCGACUUCCGCGCCGCGGGACAUAUUGUCGAUGACGAGAUGCACCGCAUCAUGGUCAAACCACUUCAGCCCGGAGUGCGGCUCACAGCGAUCUUCGAUUCGUGCCAUUCUGGAUCUGCCCUGGAUCUGCCUUACAUCUACUCGACCCAAGGCAUUCUCAAGGAGCCCAACUUGGCCAAGGAGGCGGGUCAAGGUCUGCUGGGCGUGGUCUCGGCAUACGCGCGGGGCGAUAUGAGCAGCAUGAUGUCAACGGCAGUGGGAUUCCUGAAGAAGGCGACCAAGGGAGACGAGGCGUACGAGCGUACCAAACAGACCAAGACAAGCCCGGCAGACGUGAUCAUGUGGUCGGGCAGCAAAGACGAUCAGACCAGCCAGGACGCACAGAUUGCUGGACAGGCCACGGGAGCCAUGUCGUGGGCAUUCAUCAGCGCGCUCCGCAAGAACCCACAGCAGAGCUACGUACAGCUGUUGAACAGCAUCCGCGACGAGUUGGCUACCAAGUACUCGCAGAAGCCGCAGCUGAGCAGCAGUCAUCCCUUGGAUGUGAAUUUGCGGUAUGUCAUGUAAAUAGGCGUUUGUGGGCUUUUCGGGUCGAGCGAUGGGGUGAGAAUUAUCGGUGCCUUUCAUACUUAAUAAUAACUAUGGGCUGUCAUGCUAUUCUCACUGCUUUCUCAGCUUUG